AUGCCUCUCAACAACAUCCUAGGGAUAGAAAUUUUUGAUACAUGGGGUAUUGACUUCAUAGGUCCGUUCAUAUCUUCAUAUAACAACAAAUACAUUUUGCUUGCUGUUGUUUAUGCCUCCAAGUGGGUUGAAGCAUCAACCUUUCCUCAUAAUAAUUCGAAGGUGGUGAUGAAUUUCAUUAAGAAGAAUAUUUUCACUCGAUUUAGCACGCCAAGGACAAUUAUUAGUGAUGAGGAAAGUCACUUUUGCAACAAGUAUUUUGAUACACUUCUGGAAAAAUAUGGAGUUAAACACAAGGUUACAACUGUGUACCAUCCUCAAACUAGUGGCCAAGCAGAAGUAUCGAGUAGAGAAAUCAAGAGGAUUUUGGAGAAAACAGCAUGUCCUAUAAGAAAAGAUUGGGCAAGAAGAUUGGAUGAUACACUGUGGGCACAUAGGACUGCUUACAAGACCCCAAUUGGUAUGUCUCCAUAUAAGUUGGUCUUUGGCAAAGCUUGUCAUUUGCUAGUGGAACUUGAACACAAUGAUUGGGCCGUGAAGAAGUUAAAUUUUGAUUUACAAGCUGCAGGUAAUUGCACCGCGGCCCUCAAGGGGAGAGUCACGGCAUUGGAUAAAGCACGGAUUGGUCACGAAAUAGAAUGUUUCAGCACCGCGGCCCUUAAAAAGAGCGCCGCGGUGCUGAACAAAGAAAAGAUUGGCAAAACAUUUGAACGCCACAACGCUGGACAUUGGCAGCGAUUUAGUGACCAACCUGAAGCUGCAAUGGUGCCUAUAGUCUGGGAGUUUUAUGAAAAUGCAGUUGAGCAUGUUGAUGGAGUGGCAUUUGUUAGUGGCAAACGAGUCCCUUUUCACAGCCAAGAUAUCAACGCAUUUUUUGGAACCCCUAAUAUUGAAAAUGAUGAAUAUGGGUAG